AUGGCCGACCUCGCGACAAAGUUCGAAGGCUUCGAGUCCAUGAUGAAGCAGGUGUUGGACAAGAUCACGGGCUUGGAGACCUGGCGCUCGACUGCUGAGGAAGCGACCGGACGAUUGCUCGCGCAGUCGGAUCGCAUGGCGGAGCGACUUCUACGACUCGAGACGACGACACCACCGCCGCCGCCGCCGCCGCCGCCUCGUCCCUUCACGGCGCCUCCACAGCCGCCUUCGAGGUGGAUCAAUCUGUUCGACCUCAACGUUGCUCCACAGCAGGAGAUGCGCCCAUCUGCAUCGACCUGGGAGCGGCCCCAUGGGCACCGCAUCGCGAACCACCACCGGGAUGAUGGCGCCUGUUCGGUCGAGUCCCAUGCCCAAACUGGAGUUCCCUAG